AUGCCCCCUCUAGGGAAAGCACCGACGUCGCCUUCUCUAGUGAAAGCCAGGGAGGGAGACAUCAAAGGGCCUUCUAUGGAGGGAUUGACCGACCGAAGGUCGAGUGAUCACAGAUGCCCCCUCUUGAGAAGUGGACUAUGUUAUGAGUCCCAUAUCGGGAGGCUGCUCGGCGUGUUUGACGUCAUUCAUAGAGCUGGUCCUGAUGCCGAGAUGUCCGCCAACGAGAUCGCGUUGGAGCUUUCUUGCAAGAACCCAGGAGCAGCUUCCGCGCUGGGUCGACUCCUCCAUCUUCUAGCGUCUCACUCUGUUCUUUGUUGUUCCGUUAUCGGCGAUGAGAAUCGAGGGUCGGGAUGUUUCAGGCGGUUGUACAGCCUCUCUCCGGUGGCCAAAUUCUUCGUUCGAAAUGCGGAUGAUGCAUCGUUAGUUCCCUUUAUUGAAGUGGCUCAUGAUAAGGUCUUCCUGGAUAGCUGGUUUGUCAGGUCCCAACUGAAAGAUGCUACAUUGGAGGGGGGUAUUUCAUUCAAUAGGGUCCAUGGAUCACAUGUUUUUGAGUAUCUGAGAUUGGACUCCAGAGUCAACCAUAUGUUUCACAAAGCAAUGAUGAAUCAUAGCACUAUAGUUAUGAACAAGAUUCUUGGAUCCUACCAAGGUUUUGGGGACAUCACUAGACUCAUUGAUGUUGGUGGAGGUCUUGGGAUUACUCUCAAGUUGAUCACAUCAAAAUAUCCAAACAUUCAAGGAAUCAAUUUCGACUUGCCUCAUGUCAUUCAACAUACGCCUUCUUAUCCUGGAGUGGAACACGUAGGAGGAGAUACGUUUGAAAGUGUGCCGAGAGGAGAUGCCAUCUUCAUGAAGUGGAUACUUCAUGAUUGGAGCGAUGAAUGGUGCUUGAAGCUGUUGAAGAAUUGCCAUGACGUCAUUCCUAAAGAUGGAAAGGUGAUUGCCCAAAGUGAUGUGGUGAUGUUGACUUGUAGCCAAGGUGGCAAGGAGAGAACAGAGCGUGAGUUCAUGAAAUUGGCCACAUCCGCUGGGUUUAGAGGCAUUAGAUUUGACCGCUUUGUUCGAAACUUUUGGAUUAUGGAUUUCUUCAAGUAG